CUAAAUCCCAUCUCUCACGUCAACUAUUCAAUCCCAAUUCUCAAAGGGACAUGAAAAAAAAGGAAGGAAUAGGGGAGAUUGUGGAAAAACAUGGAGGCUGACUUGGUUAAGGAAGUUGGCCUUACUAACACUGAUCAAACGGAUACUGUUUCAGGUCCAACUCCAUCGGAUAAAGGAAACAGUGAAGAAAAGAGUGAUUCAUUUGAUGCAAAUGUAACAAAUGAUGUAUCUCUUGCUAUUGGUAUACCUCCUGUUAGUCACUCAAGGAAAAAACUUAUUGUUCUUGAUUUGAAUGGGAUUCUGGCUGAUAUAGUCUAUGCUCCGCCGAAUGAUCAUGCUCCAGAUGUAUACAUUGCAGGACGGGCAAUGUUUAAAAGACCCUACUGUGAUGAUUUUUUAAAGUUUUGUUGUGAGAGGUUUGAAGUUGGUAUCUGGUCUUCAAGACAUAGGAAAAAUGUUGAAAAAUUUAUUGAUUAUCUGAUGGGAGAUAUGAAACGUAAAUUGCUGUUUUGUUGGGAUUCAUCCGACUGCACCGCAACACGAUUUGAUACACCCGGGCAUAAAAACAAGCCCUUGGUUUUUAAAGAUUUGAGGAAGCUUUGGCGAAAACAUGAUCCCGAUCUUCCAUGGGAGAAGGGAUACUAUAAUGAGUCAAACACAUUGUUGAUAGAUGAUUCUCCCUACAAAGCACUGCUUAAUCCUCCGCAUACUGCAGUAUUUCCUCAUUCAUUCAAGUUCGACAUGAACGAUAAUAUAUUAGGUGAAGGGGGUGAUCUUAAAGUUUACUUGGAAAGGUUAGCUUCGGCCGAUAAUGUACGGAACUUUGUCGAGCGAAACCCUUUUGGUCAGAUAGCUAUCACUAAAAGAAACCAAGAUUGGGGUUUCUACAGCCAGGUUAUCGAUUCAUGUCUCCGGUCCGAACUACAAAAUAACGCGGAUCUUCCGACAUAACUUGCGGUUCGAACACUUGAAAUGAAAGUUUAGCAUAAGCAACUUACUUGCAAGAAAAAAAUUGAUAGAAAGUAUGAAACAAUAGGCCUAGGGCGGAUUCAUUUCCGGGAAUUGCUUACUUUUUGCUUAGAUUUUGGUCCUCCAUGCUUUCAUAAUUUGGUGGUGGUGUUGUUGGGUCAUUUAGAACUAUUCUACCUUUUCUUAUUUACUUCCGGACGUUGUAUUGUUUAUACUAUUAAACUUUUAAUUUUACCAA